AUGUUAUUUAUUCUAACAUCACUCAUUUGUUUAUAUUUUAAAAUUGGUUACUUUCUCAUUUUUAUCUGUGAAUUCAUUUCACUGAAAGUGGCAAGACUGAAAUCAACACUAUUAAGUCCAUUUAACCCGUCAAAUGGAAAUAGUUCAACUCAACCCAUUGACAUAAUUAAUGCUAGAGGACUAAAUAAGUGUGAAUUGCGUUUGGAAUAUGCAAUCAGUUUGCUAAAAACUACUAAUGAAGAGAAUGUAAACACAGCUAUGGAAAUAAUAUUAUAUAUUUUAAGAAACAACCAGUUAACUAGAUUACAAUCGGAAUGUUUAUAUUAUCUGGCUAUUUCUUGCGCAAAACUAGGUGAUUAUGCUAAGGCUAUGAUGUAUUGUCAACACUUGCUAACAUUUUACCCGAAUUGUGACAGGUCGAACAGUCUGCUAGCGAAGAUUCAGUUACGUGCUUUACAAGAUGCACAAGACGAUUCAACCAUAAUGAAGUGUCCUAAAUCCAACUGA